AUGACAUCUGGCCAGUCCUCAGCCGGCCACCACUCACCACUCCUCCCCCGGGAGCCGGAAUUAGGAAACCCUGGACAACCCGCUAGUAAGUCCUCGCGUGCUGAAGCGCCUCCCCAGACUUAUAAAGGUCGCUGUGCCGGGCAAUUGAACUCACUUGCCUGGCGGCGCGGAGUCACAGCGACUUGGUCGGCUCCAGUCCCUGGGUCAGCCCAACUCCAGCUCAGCUUCAGGCUCCUGGCUCCCGCCCCGCCGCCCCGCACUCUGCAAGCUGCACAGAGAGAGGAGGAUGGAGACUCUCCCUACCGCUCAGGUCCUGGCGCUGCUCUGCCUGGGGCUGCUGGGGCCCAGGAGACCGGAGCAGGUCCAGAAGGAAGCUGCCAACAGAUCAGUGACUUGUCACGAGCAGAUCCCCCCAGCAGUACCAGCCUUCUCAGGGAGUCAGGUUUCCACCUUCUACAAGGAGUUAUCAGCACAACUGUGAUUCCAUCAUGUAUCCCAGGGGAAUCUGAGGACAACUGCACAGCUUUAGUUCAGAUGGAAGACAAUCCCCGUGUGGCUCAGGUGUCCAUCACAAAGUGCAGCUCUGACAUGAACAGCUACUGCUUGCAUGGACGGUGCAUCUACCUGGUGGACAUGCGUGAGAACUACUGCAGAUGUGACGUGGGCUAUACUGGUCUCCGGUGUGAACACUUCUUCCUAACCGUUCACCAACCCUUGAGCAAAGAAUACGUUGCGUUGACAGUGAUCCUCAUUCUCUUGCUCCUUAUCAUAACCGCUGGGUCCAUAUACUAUUUCUGCAGAUGGUACAAAUAUCGAAAAAGUAAGAAAUCAAAGAAGGAAUAUGAGAGAGUGACCUCUGGAGACCCAGUGUUGCCACAAGUCUGA